AUGUCGUCGAACCUUCCCAGCGAGAUGAAGGCCAUCAUGAUCAAGGGCCGUGGCGAGGCCGCAAUCACCACGGCGCCUUUGCCGAAAUUGAGGGGUGGAUACAUCAUGGUGAAAACCACAGCGGUUGCCAUCAACCCGUCAGACUGGAAGCACAUCGACUUCAUGUGGGUGGGAAACCCCACAGGCACACGUCCGGGACUUGAGUACUCCGGCGUGGUCGUCGAAGUGGGCAAUGGUGUGGAUAAGGACUUCAAAGUCGGUGACAGGGUCUUCGGCAUUGUCAACGGAUCAAACGUGAGGCAGAAGGAAGACGGCGCGUUUGCCGAAUACCUCAUCGCCAAAGCCAGCCUUCAGUUGAAGAUCCCAGAUCAUGUGGAUGACACCGAAGCUGCCGCAAUUACCUCAGGUCUCGUCGCAGUGGGCCAAGGACUAUACCAGUCCCUUGAACUUCCUCUGCCCACCAAGCCGUCGCCUGAGCCCAUUCCGCUCCUGAUCUACGGCGGCAGCACAGCAUCCGGCAUCAUGGGCAUCCAAUUCGCAAAGAUGUCUAACUGCACUGUCGUGGUCACAUGCUCACCCAAGAACUUCGACUAUGUCAAGUCCUUCGGAGCCGACUUUUGCGUCGACUACAGAGCGGAAGACUGCUCAGAACAGAUCAAGGCAUUCACCAAGGGAAGACUGAGGCAUGCAUGGGAUUGCAUCGCAACAGCUCAAUCCGCCCGCAUCUGUGCAGCUGCAAUGUCAAUCCGGGGUGGUCACUACAGCAGUCUUUUGUACUUGGUGCCUUCAAUUGUCAAGAAGAUCAACCCCAAAGUGAAUUGCUCAACAACGCUGGGGUACACAAUUUUAGGAGAGACGAUCGAGAAGGAAACAGUUGUCGAGCCGAGGCCCGAGGACCAUGAGUUCGGAAAGAUGUUUUGGGCCGUGAGUGACAAGUUGCUUCAAGAGGAUAAGUUUCGCCCGGUGAGACAAAUCGUCAAUGAAGGCGGCUCAGGGCUGGAAGGUGUGUUGCAUGGAAUUAAGUACUUGAAGCAAGGCAACGUCAGUGCAGGAAAGUUGGUGUACACUAUUUAA